AUGAAAAAUGGAGGUAAGACUUCACAUAGAAUUCUAGAAUUUCGUAGAUUCUAAGAAAUCUCAUAAAAUUGAAGAUGUCUAUAAGCAGGACAGACUUAAGGUAAAAUAGUCUACAUUCAUAGACAAAUUUGGCUAACGUUGUUUACAUCGUUGCUACCCAAUUCCCAACUUUAGAUACUCACAUGCCUAGUUACUAUUGUUCUAGUUUACAGAAACAUAAAAUAGGACAAAGGUAACUAAGCAUUAGAAUUAUGUAUAAGAGUUAUUUACUCAUGCACAGAUAAUUCUGAAGCAUAAAAUUAUCUAUAUAUGCUUCUGUAAAGCAGAACAAAUUAGCUAGGCAUGUGAGGGACCUACCAAAAGUUGUAAAUUGUGCAUAAACAAACGUUAGCCAAAUUUGUCAAUUACUCCCAAACACUUAACAUUCUAACAUGGGGGAAAAUAGACAAAACGUUCAACAUAGAACAAGUUUUAGCAUUUCCAUAGAACGCAUGAGCCGGAAACAAUUUCCUUUUUCAGGGCGCGGGAUCCAACAAUUUGUACUGAAAAUUAUUAGUGUUUUAUUAACUUUCUAUUCCUCAGGUUGGACCCUAAUAUUCAAGGGCAUUGCGGGUGUGCCUGGAAUUGUGUCAGAUAUCUGGCAAAGUCCGUCUACAUUUAACGAAAAUUCACUGAAAGCUUUGAAUAUUGAGAACUGUUUUAAAAAUCAUUACAAAAAUAGAAUUGUCCAAGAAUGGAGUACUUUUAGCCCAACGCAGGUAAAAAGAAAGUAUUUAUUCCAGCCAAACUAUUCAUCCUGGCCAAAUUAUUUUUCCUGGCCAAUCUAUAUUCAUGCUGGUCAAACUAUUCGUCCUUCCACUGAAUACCUCCAUGCCAGCUAUAAUCUAUUCUGGGCAGUCUUGGCAUCGUCUUUUCUACAGUAGGUUUCAGUCUCUUUCUACAACAUUUCGCAUGUCAUGGGAUGGCUUACGGCUUACGAGAUGACAUGGAGGCUGUAGGGAACUUGUACUGGCCAGUAUAUAUGUUAGAAGAAGCCCUGGCACAUCAUAACAAUUCUUAAUUUGUUUAAGGCUCGUAUUGUCCUGUAUUCUCGCGGUAAAGAAGACGUGGUCUUGACGUUCAGUAAACAAAAUACAAACAACAUGAAUUGGUUUACAGAAGCAAAUCUUCAAACCUCACCUUGGCAAGAUAUUCAUGAAAAAGUUAACAAUUAUUUCAGCGUGGUUGGUUAUUGUCCUGCAGAUAGAGGCUGUCGUGAUUUUUAUAUCAAUCACCAACAUGGUGGUUGUCCUGGGGAUAUUGGAUGGUUAACCAUUGGGAAUAUAUACCAGGGAUGUGACUGGGAAAAGAAACAUGGAAUGACUUCAUUUCUCUAUAGUAAAAAGACAAGUACUGUCAACUGGAACGUUUACGGUGAGUUUAUUUGUUGGCAAUAAUCUUAAAUAAAUCUUAAAUCUUGAUUAUCAUUAAUUCCCUGUCCAGGUUGACGGCUGCGUGUAGGAAUACCACAGUAUUCGAAAUUUACAACUCCAAAACCCUUCAACAAUUAGUUCUAUCUGUUAAUUAAUGGCUGAUAUUUACAUAUAACAGUUACUGUAAGUCUGUAACCUAUUGUUUAAAUUUCGUCCAAGCAGAACAAGAAAUGCAGCCCGCAGUCUUGAUAAUAAAUAUUUGUAAUAUUUCCAAAUGUUUUUUCAGCUGAUGUUGGUGCCUCAGAAGUGUUUGCAGUUUAUCUUCGUUAG